AUGGUGCAGCCCGCUCACCACGCCAACAAUGCUCCCUACAUCUCCAUCAUUCACAUUGACACAAUCUACCGUGCUGCGCACCUUAUUCCUGUCUACGGCACUCAAUUUGUUUCCCCCAACCUCCAACACUACCAGACCUAUGAUUCCUUCCACAAAUUCUAUGUCAACAUUAGUGAGGAAACAAAGUACGAAAAGUAA